UGGAUAAUAGGCAGAAAAUUCCACUGGUUAAACCCUAUUUCGGGAAUAGGCCUCCGAACAAUUUCUAUCAUUGGUUUACUCGGACGACUGUUGCGCGUCCGAGAGCUGUGCCGACGCCGUGAUUUCUUCCCUCUCCUUGCUCAAGCCCCCAGCAUCCUAAAAUCGGCCUCCCUCCGCUCAAGUUCGCGAGUUGCCCCGACAUCCAACCGGUGAGCCGAGCCUUCGUCGCGUCCGAGAGCUCCCCAGACCGAACCUCGCCGACUUUCGCCGAAAGCUGCCCCGAACGCCACCGGCAAUUGUCAUUGCAGAAUGACGAAGGCCAGAAAAUUAAUGAAUGUUGAUCAAUUUGAUGGAAGUAAUGGAAAUGCAAAAUCAUCCAAUAAAAAGAUCAUAGAUCUUAAACCUGUUCCCGCUUGCGCGUCAGGAGUUGGCUUGCCUUAUGCUCCCGAGGACUGGCCAAAUCCCGGAGAUAAUUGGACUUGGAAGGUAGGAAACAGAAAAGCUGCUAGUGGACACUGGAUUGACAGGUUUAUUUCUCCACCAGGCUAUUUCCCAAAAGUUUCAGGUUGCAAACCGAGGUUCCAAAGCAGAGUUUCUCUAGAGAAAUACAUUCGGAGUGAAUUUCCUUAUGCUGAUGCUGAUGCCUUUUUUGCUUCUUUUACAUGGAGAGUUCCUGCUGAGUGGACUAGCUUGGCAGGUGUUGAGAAGUCAUCUAAUGCGUAUAAAUAUAAUGGAAGUUUAGAGGUGAGUGGACUUCCUGGCUCAGAGUCAGCAAUUAAUUCCAGUGGAUGUAAAGCUGGUAAUGAAAUGUGCUCAAGCAUGAAAGAAAAUAAUGACCGGUUGAAAGUCAAGGCUUGUGAUAUAUGCUGCAAUGAAUCUGAAUUUUGCCGUGAUUGUUGUUGCAUCCUGUGCUGUGGGAGUGUUGAUUAUGCUAACGGAGGAUUUAGCUUCGUUAGAUGUCAGGCAAUACUGGAGAAAGAUCUUAUCUGUGGGCACCUUGCACAUAUCGACUGUGCCCUUCGUGCUUAUAUGGCUGGAACUGUAGGAGGAAGCAUUGGUUUGGAUGCAGAGUAUUAUUGUAGAAGAUGUGAUAAUAAAACAGACCUUAUACAACAUGUCAUGAAGAUGAUACAAAUUUGCGAAUCUUUUGAUUCCCGAGAUGAUAUUGAAAAAGUUCUGAAUUUGGGCUCUUGCAUUCUUUUUGGCUCGGAAAAAGUUAGAGCAAAGAAAUUGCGCCAUUCCAUUGGAACGAUUGUGUCAAAGCUUAACCGUGGAAUCAAUCUAGCUGAAAUCUGGAAAGCAGAGAAUGACAUCUCAACAAUUUCUUCAGCUCUUUCUGGUAGGGAAAUAAUAUUACUUGAUUCCCCAGAAAAUUCAAGAGAUGACACCCCCAUGGAAUCAAUAUUUGAUGUCGGGAAUUCAUUUCUUUAUGGUAAAAAUGAAGGGGAACUGCAGGGGCCAUUAUACAUUACAUCAGAUCAUACCGAUGUAUCUGCUAAGCUUGAAGAUGAAAUUGAUCACACCCUUCGUAGUUUAAAAGACUCACAAGAAUCUGAAUACAAGAUUGCUGAAGAAAAGCUUUAUGCCCAGAAAGACUUUCUUCUUGGUCUAUACCAGCAGCUUGAAGUAGAAAGAGGCGAACUUGCCAGGCAAACACCGUUCACUAAUGGCAGCGAUAGUGAUGCUUUGCUCACUAGUGUUCUAAGCAGAGUGGAUCAGAUAAAACGCGAAGAGAUAAAACUUAAGCAAAUGAUGAGAAUUUCUGAAGGAUGUGCACGCUUGCCUGGAACAAUCCUUAGGGACUACUUUGAUAUAUUAGUUGAUGACUGAAUCAAAUUAACCCUUCUUUCAUAGCAGUCACAUGCUAGAAGUAUUAUGUUGUUGUGCUGCAAUUGUCUGAAUGAAGAUGGAAAUGAUGAAGUUCAAGAUGUUCAGAAAACAGCUAUCAUCAAUCUAUCUGGAGCCUGUAAUGAGACUGGCUCAGGAGUCAGGACCAACUGUGAGUUUCAUAUUAGUUGAGAAAACAAAUAAUUUCUCUGCCAUUUGGUAUAUUUUUCUCAUUUACUUUGAUAUGAUAUGGGGUUGCAUUUUAACUUUAUGUGCAAUAUAUUAGCAAAUGGUUGUUAACUUUGGCAUAGUAUGCCUCAAUUUUCUUUAAAAAUAUGAUUAGUGAAAGCAUGUCUUUAGCUCCA